AUGGCGACCAUGCGAAACCGUACCGUGUUAAAAAUUCAACAAAAUAUGAAUAUUUUAAAGAAGCCAGUGGAAGAAAAGAACGUGGUUAUCUUAGGUAAUGGUUAUGGUAUUGGGAAACUCAAUAUAUUUUCUCUAAUACAAAAUAAGAAAAAUAAUAUUUUGGACGACGUUACAAAAUUAAUUUCAAAAAAUGGACAGCAAAAUUCGGCAGCUAUUAUAAAGCCAACAGGUACUGUAAAAGUAAAAUACAGUGAUACUUCCAUGUAA